UGUCUUACAAUGGAACUCACAUCGCGGAUCCAAAUGUUCAAACCUUAAGAUGCUCGCAUCAAACCCACCACAAACGCCGCCGCCGCACUUCAAAAGCAUACAGCCCACUCAGCGAUGAAACCCCCAAAAGUCCGAUUAUCCGCGCGUCCUCGCCCCCGGAACUGUCAGUGGAUGGGCUUGUUCAUCCACUUCCGCAAUGUUAAAAUGACACGUCUCGGAGGUGGAGUAGUCCAACGAUACCCAUGUCUUUUGUACGACCCAAAUUCAAUCUCGGAUACGAGCCCCGCGUUACAGAGGGUGUGAGGACUCUCCCUCAGGCUAUCGAGUACAAUGCACGGUUUAACGGCGACAGGGUGUUCGCGCUGCAAUUGCAUCCUCAAUCACACGAUAGUGAUGAGCUAGGGAGGAAGAUUACCUUUGGGGAUCUCGCACACGGUGUGGACGUGGCGGCCAAAUGGCUAGUCGAGCAUGGAGUGGGCAGUGGCGAAGAGAAGGGAGGAAUUGCGGUCCUCAUGGGAAGCGACGUGGGGUUGUUCAUUUGGGUAGCAGCGGGUAUGAGAGUCGGGGUACCUGUCCUCCUUCUUUCUGCACGACUAACGCCCGUCGCAAUCAACCACCUCCUCUCCAAAACAGAGCCCAACCCCAAACUCGUGCUCACAUCACCUGUCACAUCCCGGCUUACUCCUUCUCCUGCCCCCGAUACGCCAAUAUGGAUAGAAGCCCCAACAUACACGGAACUCCUCUCAAAAACGUCAGCGCCCAGCAUCGCUCUACCGCCCCAUCCCCCAUCUAACACCACUGAACGCACCUGCCAUCAUCCUCCAUUCUUCUGGAACAACAGGCCUUCCGAAACCCAUCUAUCACGCUCACGGAUACGAUGGAACGUGUCGACAUUGCCUCUAUAUCAUUUGGCUCCCAUGCUUUCCCUUAGUAUCGGACUACCUUUCGUGCUUCCUGGUGCUGGCACGAUACCGACUGGAAGGGGACAAUUGAAGGUUCUGGAUGCACUCUUGAACGGAUCGAAUGGCCACUUGAAUGGAACGGCACAUUCGAUCCUCAAUCGCGUUGGUUUGAUGCUCUCCGUCCCCUCAGUUGUCGAAGACCUCCUUACGAUACCUGGUGGCGUCGACGCGCUGAAACGUCUCGAUGUGCUCGCAGUAGGGGGUGCGCCGUUGAAGGAAGUAACAGGCGAAGAGCUGGUGCACCGAGGAGUUAAACUUCUCAAUCAUUGGGGCGCGACGGAAAUCGGAGCCAUCGCUGUCAUACAACACGUCCCUGCCAACUAUGACUGGCACUACCUCAUCCCACGACAGGACAUCCCGCUGACGUUUACUCCUCUUGGUGAGGGCAUGUACCGAUUAAGCGGUCGGGCACCAGGCUGGGAGGAGGACUAUGUCGUGCAAGACCAUCUAGUUGGUAACCCAGUCAAGGAAAACCAGUACCGUAUCCUUGGUCGGAGCGAUGACCUCGUCGUUCUCGCCAACGGGGAGAAGGUCCGCCCAAGUGGCAUGGAACAAGCGCUGGGAGAGUGCCCUGGAGUACGGGGCGUCUUGUUAUUUGGACAAGGCAGGGAGGGGUGUGGCAUCCUCGUUGAAGUUGAGGGCGAACUGCCAGCAGACUUUGGGGCUUUCCUCGACAAAGCAAACGAGCUGGCUGACAAGCAUGCCAAGGUGCAGAAGGAGAUGGUGAUUUUUAUUAGCCCCGGUGAGCUGGUGAGGACGGAUAAGGGAAGUAUCGCGAGGAAGGCGAGCUGGGAGAAGUGGGAGAAGGAAAUUGCGAAGAGUUACGAAGACGCCGAGCAGGAAGAGGAGCCGAUUAUGGAUGCGGAUGCGGGUGUAUGGGUCGCUCGGGUGCUCAAGGAGGUCCUGGGGUAUGACAUUCCCGAAGCGAAAGACUUCUUUGAGUGUGGAAUGGACUCGCUGCAGGCUGCAAGGAUACGGAGGAGAAUUGGACGUUCGUUGAAGGCUGACCUCGAGACCGAUUUUGUGUAUCGGCAUUCGACGGCGAGGAGGUUGGUGUCGGCAAUAGAGGAAGUGAGGGCAGGUAGGUAUGUUUCUGAAGGGGUGGGGAGAGAAGAAAAAAUGCGGAAGAUGUUGGAGAAAUACCGUGCUGAAAUGCUUGGAAGCAAGGAAGCUUGGGAUGUUUCCUCCUUGCGAGAUUGGCCUAGAGAUCCAGAGGUCAAACGCGUUGUGUGCAUUAACCGUCACGAGGGCGCUGGCGUCAUCGACUGGUACAAGAUCCAUAUGCUCGAAAUUCCCGAUCUCGGCGACGUCGACGGCCAGCUAGAUGGUGUCGACGACGUAACACACAUCAUCCACAACGCGUGGCCGGUCAACUUUUCCCGAGGCUUGGACAGUUUCGAGGGACAUGUUCGGGGGCUCGUCAACUUGGUCAAGAUAGCUCGGAAGUCAUCAGCGAAGGACGUACGCGUCCUGUUCGCCUCGUCGAUUGCUGUUGUCGGUCGUUAUCCCUCACAACCGGUACCAGAACAACCUGUCCCGCCGGAAUCGACGGCUGAGUUUGGGUAUCCCGAGGCCAAGUGGGUGUGUGAAGAGCUAUUGCUCUCACUUGAAGGGAAAGUCCGAGGGAGCUCGGUGAGGAUUGGACAGAUGACUGGAGCAGAGGGUGCUGGCGCUUGGAAUGAGACCGAGCAUUUCCCUGUUGUGGUUGGUGCGAGCAAGGCUGUUGGAGCCCUUCCUAGGCUAGAGGGAACGCUCUCUUGGCUGCCCGUCAACCGUGCCGGACAGAUCGUGGUCGAGCUCUUGUUUUCCGACCGAUUCAAGCCGAUAUACCACAUGGAGAACCCUGCUCGGCAGGAGUGGACGGCUGUUAUCGAUAAUCUGGCGGAUAUCCUCGGGAUACCAGUUGUGGGUUACGCAGAGUGGCUUGAGCGAGUUAGAGGUAACGAGCAGGUGAACAAGCUCAUUGGGUUUUUGGAACGAGAUUUCGAGCGGAUGGCCAGUGGUGGGCGAGGAAAAGAUUCAAGGGGAAUGAGAGAAUCCGGUGUUGUUGGACGGAAGGAAGUCGAAGAGUACGUUAAUUACUGGAGGCGAGUGGGCGUGCUUUGAUGGAACCUCGCUCCAUGUAAUUGAAUAUGUAUUUAAAUAUCAUAGACUGUAUGGGCCAUCAUAAAAUGUAUUCCCCUUGAAGGAACGACGCGGAAAAAUCAUCAGCCUCAAUGA